AUGGCUCUGGACAGCAAGUGGAAGGAGCUGCUGUUGGGAACGCUGAAGGAGCUUGGGGAGGACGACUUCGAGGAAUUCAAGUUCUUUUCGGACCUGCCUCAAAGCGUACAAGAAAACCCCCGCCGGGUGAACAUUGCUAACGCGCUGGUGAAGAAGCACGGCGAGAAUACUCUGGAGGAGACCAUCAAAAUUCUGGAAAAGAUUGGUAACAAGAACUUGGCCGAGAAGUUGCGUGGCAACGUGCUGGAAAUAAAAGGCGCCGUCUUCUCCGUCCAUGAUGAUGAUCAUAUUGACAGAUUGAAGGCAGACCUGCAAGAAAAGCUGCAUAGUUUAUACAGCUUUGUUCCCGAAGGCAACACCGAGCGCUGGCAGCAGCAGCCUCUGGCCGACGUCUACACGGAUCUGGACGUCACCUACGGGGCCGACGUCAGGCCCGACGAGCGACACGAGGUCCUUCAGAUGGAGACGCGUGCCGCGGCGGCCAAGAAGUCUAUCCUGCCGUGCGAUAUCUUCAAAAGCCAUGACGGACAGCCGCGACCGAUACGCACACUGCUCACCGUCGGCUUCGCGGGAAUCGGGAAAACCUUCCUGGUUCAAAAGUUUGUGUGCGACUGGGCCAGCGGGAAUAAAAACCAGGACGUACACUUCAUAUUUCCCUUCACCUUCCGCGAGUUGAACACCGACGAAGGGAAAAACUUUACGCUGGCCAAGCUCAUCCGAUGCUACGUCUGUGAGAGCAGGCACAUGAGCGAGGAGACUCUGAACAUUAUAUUAGACGACCUGCACAAGUCCGGGAUACGGGACUACGAAAGCAGCCGGAUCAAGAUCUUGUUUGUUUUGGACGGACUGGACGAGUGCAAGUUCAAAAUGGACUUGAAGAAUGAGAUGAAAGUAGACCUAGACGUGACGGAGGCCUACCCGCUGGAGAUACUCCUGGCGCACAUCAUCAAGAGGAACCUGCUUCCGUGCGCCCGGGUUUGGAUCACUACGCGGCCCGCGACGGCCCGCGAUAUCCCUUCCGACCUCAUCGACAGCAGAACAGAGGUGAGAGGAUUCAAUGAUUCCCAAAGGCUGGAGUACUUCAGGAAAAAAUUUCAAAAUGAGGAGCGUGUCAUUGAGCACAUCCGGAAAACUCGCACCAUCUUCAUCAUGUGCCACCUGCCCAUCUUCUGCUGGCUCACCGCUACAGUUCUUCAGGAUCAUUUGGACAAAGGGAAGGAGGGAGAGCUUCCCACAACGCUGACAGACAUGUACUCGGAGUAUGCUUUUAACCAGCUGGACAAGUCCAAGGAGCGACAGACGACCGAGUACGCUGAUUACGUGAAAGCGCUAGCAAAGCUGGCGUUUCACCACACAAUGAGUAAGCAACAGAUCUUCUACGAGGAGGACCUAGCAAAAAGCGGAUUUGAUUACAACCAAGCCGCAAAACACUCCGGAAUAUUCACUGAGGUGUUUAAGGAGGUCCGUCCGCUCAGAAGAAACCAACAGGGCAAGAUGUUUCAGUUUGUCCAUUUGACCAUCCAGGAGUAUUUUGCCGCAUUCCACGUGAUGAUUUGCCUCUUCCAUGACAACAAGAACAUACUGGUUGAUUCAGAGCAGGCACUGGAGUGUGUCUUCCAAGAAGAAGAAAAAUCGGAAGUAUUAGAAGAAACAGAAUCAGAAGAUGGAGAAAAAAAAUCAGAAAAAGAAACAGAAUCAGAAGAUGGAGAAAAAAAAUCAGAAGAAGAAACAGAAUCAGAAGAUGGAGAAAAAGAAUCGGAAGAAGAAACAGAAGAUGAAGGGGAUUGGAAAAUCGCUGAGGUUCACCGGUCAGCUCUCCAGAAAGCCUCGGAGAGUGAAGGAUACCUGGACAUGUUCCUCCGCUUCCUCCUUGGCCUUUCCUUGCCGUGCAACCAGGAACUAGUGGGGGAACUGCUGAAGGCUCCUCAGGACUGCAGGCGAAACAAGUCAAAGACAGUCAAGUUGAUCAAGGAGAGGAUAAAACGGAACACUCCAGAGAAGAACAUCAACUUGUUCUACUGCUUAAACGAGCUGAAGGACGACUCUUUGCUGAAGCAGUUUCAGAUAAAGAAAAAUAUUUCACACCAUAUUGACUGGGAGAAAAUGCCAAAUGACAUGUGGUCAGCCUUGGCCUUCUUUUUACUGACAGACGACGAAACCAUGGAGGUCUUUCAGCUGUAUAGAUACACCGCAUCGCCUUUGGGGCUCGAGAAGCUGUUGGUGGUGGUCAAGGCUUCUCAACGAUCAAGUCUACAUGAUUGUCAGCUGGACAAAGGCAGCUGUGACCUGCUGGCUUCCGUUCUCUGCUCUCCAUCCAACCUGAGGCAUCUGGACCUGAGCUUUAACAAUCUGUUGGACGAAGGGGUGGAGAUCCUCUCAAAAGGACUGGCCAGCCCAAACUGCGUCUUAGAAUCCCUCUAUCUACGUCACUGUGGCCUGGGCAAAGGCAGCUGUCACCUGCUGGCUUCCGUUCUCAGCUCUCCAUCCAACCUGAAGAGUCUGAAUCUGGGCGGGAACAAUCUGUCGGACAAAGGGGUGGAGAUCCUCUCGAAAGGACUGGCCAGUCCACACUGCAAAUUAGAGUCCCUCUUCCUAAUGGAGUGUGGCCUGAGCAAAAGCAGCUGUCACCUGCUGACUUCCGUUCCCAGCUAUCCAUCCAACUUGAGUCUGAACCUGAGCAAGAACAAUCUGUCGGACGAAGGGGUGGAGAUCCUCUCAAAAGGACUGUCCAGCCCAAACUGCAAAUUAGAGUCUCUCAAUCUACGUGAUUGUCAUCUGGACAAAGGCAGCUGUCACCUGCUGGCUUCCGUUCUCAGCUCUCCAUCCAACCUGAAGCGUCUGGACCUGACCGACAACAAUCUGUUGGACGAAGGUGUGGAGAUCCUCUCAAAAGGACUGGCCAGCCCAAACUGCACCUUAGAAGAGCUCACUCUAAGUCGUUGUCACCUGGACAAAGGCAGCUGUCACCUGCUGGCUUCCGUUCUCAGCUCUCCAUCCAACCUGAGGCAUCUGAAUCUGAGCUACAACAAUCUGUCGGACGAAGGGGUGGAGAUCCUCUCCAAAGGACUGGCCAGCCCAAACUGCAAGUUAGAAUCCCUCGAUCUAUCUGGUUGUGAGCUGAAAAAAGGCAGCUGUCACCCGCUGGCUUCCGUUCUCAGCUCUCCAUCCAACCUGAAGCAUCUGGAACUGAGCUGGAACGACCUGUCGGAUGAAGGGAUUGGGAUCCUCUCGAAAGGACUGGCCAGUCCACACUGCAAGUUAGAGUCCCUCGAGCUGUCAGCAUGCGGGAUCACCAAUAAAGGAUGCGUUUUUUUGGCCGAGGCACUCAUGUUAAACCCCUCACAUCUUCAACAGCUGUCCCUGUGGAAGAAUCCAAUAGGUGAAAAAGGAAAGAUGGUCUUAUUGAACGUCCAAGAGGAUCCAAGCUAUCGCCUGGAGACUGUCAGGUUUGAAUUGUUCAAGAAGAACGUUUGA